AUGGAGACCGAUAAGGGGGAGGUACGCCGGCCGCGGGGCGCGCUCGCCGACCGCCUGACCUGCCCGCUCUGCAAGGACCUCUUUCGGGAGGCCUCCGCCUUCGCCGAGUGCCUCCACACAUUUUGUCGGGAGUGUAUUAUGAAGAAAAUAGAUGAUGAAGAGAUCGACUCCUGCCCAGUAUGCAACGUUUAUCUUGGUGUUGCUCCUGAAGAGAAACUCAGGCCUGAUCUCAAUCUUCAAAGUAUCAGGAAUAAGCUGUUUCCACUUAAGACAGAAGCUGCUGCUUCUAAGGUUCCAACUAUUACAUCGCCAGCAAAGAGAAAAGAGAGGUCCCUUUCUUCUUUGGUAGUUGAAACCCAGAAGACAGCAACGCAUACUAGUCUAACAGGACAGAGGACCAAAGCUGCAAGAAGGACAACCACCUCCCAUCUCUCUUCUAUCAUUGAUAAUGGAACCAUGAGAUUACUAAAUAAUUCUGAAGGCCGCGAUCACAAGACUGAGAAAACCUCAGCACCACAGUCUACCAAGAUGACAACAUCUGCAAAUAAAACGCAGAUUAAUGCAGAUAUAGUAGCCUCAAACCAGCCAUCUUCUGAAGAUGGAAAAAAUCGCGAGGCAGUUGACAAUGAAGAGCUUCAGAAACCCAUACACAACUUGGUCGCGGCAAGCGGGAAGAGAUCGCUUAGAUUAAGUCUUAAAAGACUUAACGCUGCCGCCAAGGAGGACAGAACUAUGAGCACAAAUGGUAAACUCUCCACAAGGAAAGAUGGCACAGUAGACAAACUGGCUAUUGCUGGACUAAAGCUGAGUGCGCAUUCCAAUAAAACAACCACAGAGCAUAAUCUGAAGAAAAUCCCAGAAGCAGAUGCUAGGCAGGAAGUGGUUGGUUAUACAAGCACUGGUUCUUUGCAUGAUGGAAUAACUACCCCAAUCUGGUUGUCACUAGUUACUUCGCCGAACCAGUUACAAGAUAAACUGCUGCCUCAGAUACCGAUUAUGAACUUGAGAAUUAAAGAUAGGAGUGUGCAGGUCUCGUCCAUCCUGACCUACAUUACAAAGAAACUUGAGCUAGAAAGUGAUGAUAAGUUGGAGAUCCUAUGCAACGAGUGGUGGCCAAUCUGCCCUUCGACGACGCUCGGUUGCCUACAUGAACAGUGGUUGAGCAGCAAGCCAAAGGAGAAGGUCCGGGCUACGGUGGGUGACCCGGCCAAGGAAUUCGUGAUGGAGCUGAGCUACCGCCGGCGCCCGGCAGCCCUGUCUCUCUGCUGCAUGAUGAAGACGAAGCCCGUGACAACUUCCCUCCGAUGCUACUGCAUGACCUAG